AUGGAUUUCCUUGGCGAGCUUCCACGGCAAUCAGUGACAAAUUCCGGUGAGGGACUAGAGAGGUUUUGGUCACCGGUCGAUGACGAGUCGGAUGAGGGUGGUGGUGUAAGCUACGGCGGUCGAAUUGAUAUUCGACAAUGGUAUAGACGGCAGGUGGCUUCUGCAAGACCACAGAUUCCUCAGUCAUGGCUUCUUCGCUGCCAUCUAAAGAUUUUCAGGAGGGUAUGUUUAUACAUAAACUGCAAUCUUUCCUGCUUAUGGAAUCCACGAUUUAAAGAGAAAUGCGGAAAUGCAGGAGUAGGUAAUGAUGAUGAAGGGAGAGGAUUGGUUUCUGGUGAAAACGUUCUGCAAAAACACGUUGCAUUCUUCGACAGAAAUCACGAUGGCUUUAUUUAUCCAUGGGAGACUUUUGCAGGUUUUCGAGCAAUUGGGGCUGGUUAUUUACUGUCUUUGCUCAGUUCCUUCCUUAUCAACGUUGCCCUCAGUCGCAAAACUCGCUCAGGAAAACCAUUUUCUCUUCAUUCUCUUAUGCUUCCCAUUGAGGUUAAGAAUAUCCAUUUUGCAAAGCAUGGGAGCGACUCUGGUGUAUAUGAUACUCAAGGAAGGUUUGUGCCCUCCAAGUUCGAACGAAUAUUUAUCAAAUUCGCUCGUACUCAUCCUGAUGCUUUAACAUCCGAUGAACUUUCGGCAAUGCUCAAGGCUAACAGGGAGCCCCAGGAUUACAGAGGAUGGGUUGCUAGCUUGACGGAGUGGAAGACUUUAUACAUUUUAUGCAAAGAUGAUCAAGGAUUGCUGAGGAAGGAGACAAUUAGAGCUGUGUACGAUGGAAGCUUGUUUGAACAAAUGGAGAGGGAAAGAUCAGGAGCUGCCAAAAAGAAAGAGUAAUUAAUUAACCCAUUUAUCAGUAAUUUAUUCCAAAUGGGUUUAGUUAAUUUGUGAUUUUAUUAUGGUUUCUUGGCUGGA